AUGGAUCCUACCCUGAAAUUACACAAAGCUUCUAGUGUUCCUCUUUCUGAUUCAACUGUUUGCAGGCGGCUUGUGGGGUGCUUGUUGUAUCUUACUCACACAAGGCCUGAUAUUUGCUAUGUUGUUGGCAAAUUGAGCCAGUAUUUACAAUCUCCCACAAACAUUCACAUGCAAGCUGCCCACCAUGUUCUAAGAUAUCCCAAAGGCACUACUAGCAGAGGCUUGUUCUUUUCCUCCUCAUCUUCCACUUCUUUAACAAGAUUCAAUGACUCAGAUUGGGGAGCUUGUCUUGACACUCGAAGGUCCAUCACAUGUAUAUGCUUCUUCUUAGGAACCUCCCUAAUUUCUUGGAAGAGUAAGAAGCAAUCCAUUGUGUCCAAAUCUUCUUCAGAAGCUGCAUAUCGGACCCUUGUCCAAGCAUCUUGUGAAGCACAAUGA